AACGACCACCCAGGGGCACCGCAGUCAGAAAGAAAGAGCUUUAAACUCUAUUAUAAACGUUAGUGCAGUAUUGUAGUUGACGUUCACCAGCACACGGCGACCUUCACAAAAAUACACAUCAGGCCUGGUUGCACAAGCAAGAAGAUGGAGUAGAUAUUUGUUAUGUAACAGCACUAGCGCGCAGACAGUUCAUUUUUCCUCUUCGUGCGAUGGAUCACCAGAACAAGUGCGACGUGGGCGUUGCGUUCGUAGUCUUUUUAUCUAUUUCUGUUGAUCAAUUCAAGCUGCAUUUACAUUUUCAAAACCAGUGAACGAACAAUGCCGACGUUCUACCACGCAACCCCUGCGCGCAACCGGCACUCCAUUGAGACAAGCGGCUUUCGCCCGGGCUCCGGGGGGUACGAUGGUCCGGGGAUCUACUUCUGCAAACGUCCAGAGGCGGCGAUUAACCGAGCGCGCGUCCGUGGCGAGGACGUCGUGGUUUUCGCUUGCGACAUUGACAAUGCGUACGUGACGAACGUGAACAACCAGGACAAUUUCAAAGUCACCGAAAGCGACGCCGACGAAAUUGAAAUCUUUGACACCAUCCGUUACAGCAAAACCGAGGUGAAUGAGAUCAAACGUGACAAGAGCUCUGUUCUUGCGACAGGUCGUGGAGGUCCUGCUCGUGGACGGUCGCAGAAACUAAAUCGCUUUGGCCGAAGACGCUCGCGGAGCCGGUCCUCUUCUUUAUUCUCGUCGUCUUCGCGAAAGCGCCAUGUGCGUCGCACCGAGAUCAGAUAUGAUCCUGGCGCACGGAGGGUAGAAGUCAACCAAAACCUCCAGAAUCGGAUCCCGCGGUGGAACUACGCGACUUCUGCACCCAGUACACGAGCAUCCGGAAUAUUAAACACGACGUCGCACUUGUUCAACACAUCAACCACCUCACCGAGGACGACUAGAGUACAACCAGAGCCACCAAAUGAUUUUGAUUUGUUUGACUAUCCGGAACCGGAGCAGGGAACAAGCUUCGCUGGCUACUUGGGAACGGCCCUUUUGCUGGGUGCACUCGGAUUGCUCGUGGUGGGGAUGUGCGGUUGAACAUGUUGUUAAGAGCGAGCAGGAGUUUCAACGAGAAAUGAAACGACGAAAAGAGACAGCUGGUAGAAAAAGUGAGAAAAAAGAAAGCAUCUUCAUUUAGAUCGAAGUAAAACUAAACGAUCCUCAUUCUCACUGGUGUUGCUUGUCUUGAUACCUAAAUCGUAGAUUUAUAAAGUUUUUAGUAUAUCUAUAUCCCACCGACCACGAUCAGGUAGUAUUGGUCCUCAUUCCUUUUAUUGGUGGUGAUGAAUCAAUAUGAUAAUGAUGAUGAUGUCGCUUUUUAUCAUUCCAUUUACCAUUUCCAACAUGUUUUUGCCACUUCUAACAGAUGGAGACCACCCAUUCAAAUGAGAUACUGUUACAUCUUGAUAUAGAAUUUCCGCGGUGUUGGCCAUUGUGUUUGUUCCUCUGCGU